CCGACGAAUCGACAUCAACGAGCCGACGAAUCGACAUCAACGAGCCGACGAAUUCACAUCAAUGAGCCGACGAAUCGACAUCAAUGAGCCGACGAAAUGACUUUUGACACACAUGGCGCGCCAUACUAGAGCGGUCGGGGUAUUUCAUUCGUGUUGUAAUCUGGUAACCAAUCGGGUUGUUGGCAGGUUGACGAUCUGGCAAUAUGAUGAACAUGUCGCCACCAAAGACUCCAACUACUUUCUGGCUUGUGGUGAUCGUGGCAGUUGUUACUGGAAUACAAGGAGCAAAAGGAGCUUCUGUGAGCUCAAAUGCUCGCUCUACCGGGUACGUCAACUACUGGGACGCGCCUCUUGCUUGGGAUGCUCCAAUCGGGUACGCGGUCGUUGGCGUGUUCAGCUAUCACGACAACCACAGAGAGGACAGACGAUGGGGAUUUCGAUACGCCAAGAUCAACAAUCGCGCCUACUACGACGGUCUCCAAAAACUGCAAGUGACCAACUACGACGACUACAUGUGGCGCGAGUGCUACCACGGGUACAUGAUAACGUCAUUCACCAGUUGGCAUAGCAACUACCGCGAGGACAGGCAGUGGGUUUUUCGUUGCGCUCGAGUGCCUAAAUCGUCUUUGAGUGAUUGCCAAUGGACAAGAGAAGUGAACGACUAUGAUAGGAGACUGGACUACAGAACUCCUGCCGACUAUGUGCUAACCGGUGUGAGGUCCUAUCAUCACAACGGGAGGGAGGACCGUCGAUUUCUCUUCAAGAUAUGCAAACUCGUUCUUCACUGAUUGUGUAUCACUGGCGGACGUGUCCGCUAUUGACGGAUUGCUGACGUACGGUACUAUGCGUAGCUAGGUACGUAGUGUAGACUAGCUGCUGGUUGAUGUAGAGCAAUGACGUUGUGUACACGCGUUCACAAAUGAGGCCACUGCAAGCUGUUGUGCUAGAGAUUAGAAACUCAAUUGAAUGUAGUUGCCAGCA